GGGAAACGUGACCUUACAACUGACUUUUGAAAACCCUUUACAAUAUGGAAAACUGUAAGGAGAAAACCUUGCAAACACUGUAAAAGGCAAUUUCAAUUCCAAUAAAUGGUUGUGUCAAUAACCUCGUUACUCGUAAACGUAGACACUUCCAAAAAUUUUGUGAAUGCCAAAAGUAGUGUAUAUUUUGAAUUUUUGAUAUGACGUAUUCACUAACGAUCUUUAGUUUAUUUCCAAAAGAUGUAUGGCAUUAAAAAUAAAAUUAAUAGAUCAAAUUCUGAAUCAGAUUUGAAUAUUACAAAUUUCGACAACUUAUCAGUGAGCUCUCCUAGGGAUUCUUCAAUUGAAUUUUCUAAAAACUUGUUCUCUCCAAUUGUUAGACGUGUUUAUAUUGAAGAAAUAAUUUCCACGGAUAAAAAUCACUUUUCAAAGAUGAGCAGAAGUUAUAGUGAAUUGCUCAGUGAUGGACCAUGUUCGCCAAAGCUAAUAAGAAUAAAAAAAGAUUUUAGAUCAGAAGGUACGCCUAUGGAAAUUGACACUUCCUAUGAAGAACGCUUCCCAAAAAUGGUCGGUGCAGAAUAUAUGAACAAAUCGUUAAAAAAAUCUGUUAUGUUGGAAAGUAAUCGAAGUGAAACACAAAUUCCACAAGAAAUAAAAGCAAGAGUAAUACAUAUAAACCCUGUUAAAAAAGAAGAAACUAAAAUUAAGUUGUGGUGGUUAUUGAUUCCAGUUAUUCCUAUUAUUUUAAGCUGUUUAUUUAAUAAUUAUUCCUACAUUUUCGUAAAUUCUGACAUUCAAGUUGAAAAUAUUAAAAAUGAUUUAAUGAAAAAUGUUCAUGGACACAAACCAUUGGUAGAAUCUAUUGUAUAUAUAUUAGAGAACAGACAAAAUUGGGAAGACAUGAACAAACUUCUUGUAUUUGUUGGUUCACAGGGCGUGGGAAAAACAUUUACAGCAAAUUUGUUUAAGAAACAUUUCUCUUCAAAUUUGGUACAUGACAUUUAUGGAUCACAAUUAUAUUACGAGACUGAAAAGCAGAGAAUACUUGAUGGUAUUAAAAGUUGUUGCCUAAAUUUAAUAAUAAUUGAUGAUUUAAAUCAAAAUGAUAAUGAUGAAUUAUACGAUUUUAUUCACGUUUUACCUAAAAAUUCGUUUAUUUUAGUAAUAGCUAUUUAUAAUAUUCAUUAUUCAGAUAAUAAUAUGAACACAAUCUUAAACCAAGAAAACAUUGUUAGAAUUCGUGAUAGUUUUGAUGUUUCUGGUAUAAAAAAUUACGAAUUGCUUGUAUUCGAAGACUUUACACAGGAACAAAUUAAAGACUGGCUAAAGAAGCAAAUUGAAUCGAAAAAUGUUUCAUUAGAUCUUGAAGAUGAAAUUCUGCAAAACGUUUUAGAUGCUCAUAAUGUUGAACAUGGACUGAAGGGACUACAUUCCAAAUUAGUUAUGGAAUUAGAAAAAUAUAGAAAUUGAAAUGUUAUGUUAAUAAGUAAUUUUGAAUGUAUUUAAUGAUAAUCAUUAAAUUUUUAUUUUUCUAA